GUUUAAAAUCAGAUUUUAAGAAGAACAUUUUUAGAAAUGGGCGGGGUGUAGCCAUAAUUAUGACUUUGUGGUUGUGGUAACUAGUGACGACCAGAGGCUUAAUGUACAGCCAGAGAUGCUACUUUCUCUAAUAUCUCUGGGACAGUUGAUCUGUGACAAAAUGUCGAUGACUACUCUGCAGAAGGUUACUCUGAUUUCCUGCUCUGUCCUUUGUCUUUCGUUAUUCCUUCCCAAAAUGCUUUUACCGAGAGGGAAGAAGGAUGUAGGGCAGCCGGAGGUUGGUCCUGGGUAUUAUCCUCCCAUGAUACAUCGCCUACAGAUGCCAGAGGAGGGCCUCGGACAGUGGAUGGAGGGGAGUCAUGACUCUGGGCCCCACAGCCCUGAGGUCCUGGCUAAAGUCAAAGGCAUGGGCACACUUCAGAUCCGAGGAGCCACUAAAUCCAAUCUGAUCAGCCAGGCCAUUCCCAUCUACGGAUUUGGAAUCCUACUCUACAUCCUCUUCAUCAUAUUCAAGAUGACAACUAGGCCUAAAGGAAAAAGUACUAAACUGGUAUGCCGAUUUCCUACAAUCUCAUCUGAAGCUUGGCAGAAGAAGAGGACAGAUGAUGAGCUGGCCCAGCUUCAGGAGAAGCUGCUGGAGACAGAGAGGGUGAUGGAGAGGAUCGUCUCCAGAAGGAGCAGCACUCCUGACAGCAGGACUAGCAGCAAGGUUAGAAGAGCAUCCAAGCAGGAGGAGAAGUUACUGCGGAAGCUGAGUAAGAUCAGCCGGGUGAUGCAGGAGGUACGACUGAUGGAGGGGGCCACACCUGAGAUGGAGGCUGAGAUGGUGCCCUACACAGCUGACUGGGAGGGCUACCCUGAGGAGACCUACCCCCAGUAUGAGGAGCCCGGUGGCAGACGCAGCGGCAGUUAUGACCCCAUCACCAUCCUGGAGGAGCCUGCUGCUGACUCAGAGAUACCCACUGCUGAGGCCCUGGCUGAGGAGGUGGUGGAUGAGGAGGAGGAUGACGUAGAAGAUGACGCGAAGGAGGAGGAGCUGCAGCUCUGCCUGCCCCCACCUCCUGAAGGUUGGAAGGAAGAAACGGGUAGUAGUCCCAGCAGAGUAAAAAAGCAAAUCAGAUUCAGCGACCACAAAGAUGUGUUUCACUACCCUAAGCAGGAUACGGUCUACGAAUAUAGGUAUGAAGAGGUGAAAGAGGAGGAGGAAGAAGAGGAUGAGGAGGAGGAAGUUGAAGAAGAGAAGGAAGAAGAGGAGCAAGUGGAUGAGACAGAGGAAGAAGUAGCUGAUGAAGAAGACCCACUGAUGGAGGCCGAGGCUCUCAGUUUUAGUUGUGACGUCUGUAGCAAUCCAGAAGCAGAAGCAGAAGAAGAGAUGGAGGAAGAAGAAGAGUACAUUCUACUGUCUCAGUCUGAAGAGACAGACAGCUUCACCCCACCAGAUAUGGCUGGUGAGCUGGGGAUUGGGAGUUUUCUCAGGAUGAGGAACAGGAGAGAGACAUAGUGGGCAGAGUCAAUAAGGAAACUAGCUCAUCCUAAACUAGCCUCCCUAGCUCUUUGACCUUACUGAAUGUUUUGAAUAUUCCCAAGAAUGUACCUCUCCUUAUGCAAAUCCCCGUUUUCUAUCCUGUCUCCUUGCGUCCCAAGACAAGAUGCUGCUCACUGGGUGAAUUGUGUGAUCCUAACUAGACUAC